ACACACACACACACACACACACACACACACAGACACAGACACACACACACAAUCCUAAAACCUUGAAUACGCUCCUUAUUAUCAUCAAAAUAUUUUCCAGAAUGGAAUCCUCGUGCUUCUGCAUGUUUUGAGUUUCCCCUUCCCUCGCUUUAAUUGGUUUUAAUCAAGAACUGGCCAUUUUUCAUUCCUGAAGCUCUCCCCCCUCCACUUGUCUUCAUACUCAUCCUCUGUCAGGCAAGAGAGACCGCUUGGCAUUAGUUGGAUGUUGAACAGUGGAUUAAGUGGGCAAUGCCACGCGGUGGAUUUGAGGUGUAAUAGACGGUGUGCAGGUUGUUAGAUAGAGACAGACUGAUAGACAGAUCAAAAAUAGAUAGAACUUAAUAUCCCAUCUCAUCACUACCUUUCUCUUUCCCUCUGUCACAUUUCCCUUUUCUUUACGUUGUGUUUGAUGCUUUGUCUGUACUUUUCACUGCCACACCUUUUUUGGGAGCGCUGUUUUAAAGCAUUACCACUGCUAGACUGUACGUUUUUAACCUAUGUAUCCACGGACAUCUAGCUGUGCACUCAACCUUAAGGUGAAAAAUUACACCCACUAGCGUAGGCCCACACCAGCCACGUUAGUCUCCUUUUUCUCCCCUUUCUUAUGGACUGAUUAAGGGGCUUAAUAAAUACCUCUUUCUUGAUUGUUCUGAGAGUGGGAUGUCGUCAUGAAGGAAUAUGAAGGACCACUCCUUUUGCUCUGUCUUUGCUUUUGUGUCUCAACUCUGCUCCUCUGUAAAACAUCUCCACUACAGUCUAUAAAUUAUGUGUUACAGAAAAGAGUUAAUUAGACUGAGAACAAGGAGAGCACAGAGCAGGCUGGACAACUGAUCAUCAUGACUGGCUAAAGCAAAGCCAAGGCAAGAAAGCCAAAGAAGAAGAAGGAAGGGAGGGAAGAAGAAGAGGAGUACCUACACACCCACUGCUGCUCAUCUCCACGGCAACUGCAUUCACAUGCUUGCAGACUUCUGGGGGGAGACCUUGGCGAGCUGCAUCACCAGCGUUGGAGGAAAGGGAAAAAGAGUCGGAUGGAAAGAGACAAAUGAAAGAGUGCCCCUUCACCCCUCUAUUAUUAUACCAUCUAUUAUCUUUUAGUGUAGUUUAUUAAAUUCAUAAGCAGGCUGCCAUUUUGAGUUGAUGGUCAACUUUUAAAGUCUUCUAAGAUCUGAGUCAAAAGUAUAUUUCAACCAGGUUAGAUCAGCAUAUUGAUCUUUUUGGGCCUUUUUAAAUGUAAAAAUCCUUGUUUCUAAAGAAUUAAGUGUCCUUUGUACAUAUCAUUGCACUUUAAAAACGGUCCUCUUCCCUCCUGCCACUUCUUCACACUGACAUUCCCCAGCAUUGCCCACCUCCACCCCCAGUCAACCCAACACUCACCUCUCGCCCUGCAAGACCCCACCUCAGUCUUCUCUGCGUGACUUCAUCUGUCUACCAUCCCUUCAUCCGAGGCUAUGAGAGGAGGAGUCGAAUCCCAGAUCACUCCAUCAUGCCAGUUCUGAAGAGUAGAGAGGAGAUCCGGGCUGGCAAUGUUAAAGGGACGGCAUUUACACUCCUCCACAAUGCUUGUCAGCCUCCACCCUUCUCCCUCCCGUCUUCAGGACAAGCGCUUCGUCUCCCCCUAUUCCUCCCCCCAUUCUCCUCCCCAGGACCAGUCCUCGCAUCAACCUCGGCUCACCCUGCCCUUCCUCUCCCUGUCCUUCUCUCUGCUCCUCUUCUCCAUGCUCCUCUUACCCGUCUGCGAGUCUCGCAGGGGUGGAGGUCCAGGCACAGGGCCUGGAGGUGCUCCAGGGGGACAAGGGGGCCAGAGGGGAGGCGGCACCCAGCGGGGCGUUGUCAUACCUCCUCAAUACUCUCCUGCCUUACCAGCUCUUCCGCCAAUCAAUCCCAAACUGAUCAACUCGCUCAGUAUAGCAGUCAUCCUGGUGGGCAACUCUAGUGAAGUAACCUUGGGGGUUGGACUUGAGAAAGAGGACUUCCUCCACAUCCCUUACCCUCCCAAAGUCGAGGUGGUCACCAUGAAUGAGACCGACCCCAAGAGCAUCAUCAAUCGGAUUUGCGCACAAAUGACGAGGAACUCCCUGCAAGGCGUAGUGUUCGGGGACGACACGGACCAGGAGGCCAUUGCUCAGAUCCUGGACUUCAUCUCUGCCCAGACACACAUCCCCAUCCUGGGCAUCAGGGGAGGCUCCUCCAUGGUCAUGGCUGCCAAGGACGACCACUCCAUGUUUUUCCAGUUUGGUCCGUCCAUCGAGCAGCAGGCCUCCGUCAUGUUGAACAUCAUGGAGGAGUAUGACUGGUACAUCUUCUCAAUAGUCACAACAUACUACCCUGGCUACCAGGACUUUGUCAACAAGGUCCGCAGUACCAUCGAUAACAGCUUUGUCGGCUGGGAGCUAGAAGAAGUCUUCCUACUGGACAUGUCAGUAGACGAUGGAGACUCCAAGAUCCAAAACCAACUAAAGAAACUGCAGAGUCCUGUAAUUCUACUGUACUGCACAAAGGAGGAGGCAAGCACUAUCUUCGAGGUGGCCCAUUCUGUGGGCCUCACAGGUUAUGGCUUCACCUGGAUCGUGCCCUCCCUGGUGGCUGGAGAUGCAGACCACGUUCCCUCUGUCUUCCCUACAGGGCUUAUCUCGGUGUCAUAUGACGAAUGGGACUACAACAUCGAGGCCAGGGUACGUGAUGCAGUGGCUGUCAUUGCCACGGCAACCUCCACUAUGAUGCUGGACCGAGGGCCACAUACCCUGAUAAAAUCAAGCUGCCUCGGAACACUUGACAAAAAGAGCUCCAACACUGGCCACUCCAAGGAGAUACUGAAGUACCUCAUGAAUGUGACAUUUGAAGGCCGAAACCUGUCAUUUAGUGAAAAGGGUCACCAGAUGUUUCCCAAACUGGUCAUCAUUCUUCUAGACAAGGACAGACAAUGGGACAGGGUUGGCAAGUGGGAGAGAGGCUCUCUGACGAUGAGGUACCAUGUGUGGCCUCGCUUUGAGCUGUACUCUGCAGCAGAGGAGCGGGAGGACCACCUGUCCAUCGUGACUCUGGAGGAGGCGCCGUUUGUCAUUGUAGAGGACGUGGACCCGCUCAGUGGGACCUGCAUGAGGAACACUGUGCCGUGCCGCAAACAGCUCAAACUGAGCAAUCAGACAGGUGAUUCAGGGAUUUACAUCAAGCGCUGCUGCAAAGGUUUCUGUAUUGACAUCCUAAAGAAGAUCGCCAAGGCGGUCAAGUUCACGUACGACCUCUACCUGGUCACCAACGGCAAACAUGGCAAGAAGGUUAAUGGGACUUGGAACGGCAUGGUUGGGGAGGUGGUGUUAAAGAAUGCCCACAUGGCAGUGGGUUCGCUCACUAUCAACGAGGAGAGGUCAGAGGUCAUUGACUUCUCUGUGCCCUUCAUCGAGACGGGAAUCAGUGUCAUGGUCUCUCGUAGCAACGGCACCGUGUCCCCCUCCGCCUUUCUUGAGCCCUUCAGUGCUGAUGUCUGGGUGAUGAUGUUUGUGAUGUUGCUGUUGGUGUCAGCCGUGGCUGUGUUUGUGUUUGAGUACUUCAGCCCGGUGGGUUACAAUCGCUGCCUGGCAGAUGGGCGAGAGCCCGGCGGUCCCUCCUUCACCAUUGGUAAGGCCAUCUGGCUGCUUUGGGGUCUGGUUUUCAACAACUCUGUCCCCGUGCAGAAUCCCAAAGGUACCACCAGUAAGAUCAUGGUGUCAGUGUGGGCCUUCUUCGCUGUCAUCUUCCUGGCCUCCUACACUGCCAACCUGGCUGCCUUCAUGAUCCAGGAGGAGUAUGUCGACCAGGUGUCGGGCCUGUCAGAUAAAAAGUUCCAGAAGCCUAACGAAUUCUCGCCGCCAUUCCGGUUUGGCACGGUGCCCAAUGGGAGUACAGAGCGCAACAUCCGCAACAACUACCGGGACAUGCAUACUUACAUGACCAGCUUCCACCAGAAGAAUGUAGAUGAAGCGCUGCACAGUCUGAAGACCGGCAAACUGGAUGCCUUCAUCUACGACGCUGCAGUGCUGAACUACAUGGCGGGCAGAGACGAGGGCUGUAAGCUGGUCACGAUCGGAAGUGGCAAGGUGUUCGCCUCCACCGGCUACGGCAUUGCCAUCCAGAAAAACUCCGGCUGGAAACGAGCUGUGGAUCUGGCUAUCCUCAUGCUCUUUGGAGAUGGUGAUAUGGAGGAGUUUGAGGCCCUGUGGCUGACAGGCAUCUGCCACAAUGAGAAGAAUGAGGUGAUGAGCAGUCAGCUGGACGUAGACAACAUGGCUGGGGUCUUCUACAUGCUUGGGGCCGCCAUGAUUCUCUCAUUAAUCACCUUCAUCUGUGAACACUGGUUCUACUGGCAGCUGCGCUUCUGCUUCAUGGGCGUGUGCUCGGGACAGCCCGGGGCCACCUUCUCCAUUAGCCGAGGUAUCUACAGCUGCAUCCACGGGGUACAAAUUGAGGAAAACAAGUCAACCAUAGACUCACCCUCGGCCACCAUGAAGAAGAACAUGAACAACACCCACUCCAACAUACUCCGGUUGCUUCGCACUGCCAAGGACAUGACUGCCGUCCCGGGCAUUAACGGCUCUCCGCACGCUGCCCUGGAGUACAGCCACAGCGGCCGUGACUCGGCUAUCUAUGACAUCCAGGAGCACCGGCGCAGCUUGGUGGGUCACCCUGCCGACUGUAAGUCAGCGCCACCCUACCUGCCAGAGGACAACAUGUUCAGUGACUACAUCAGCGAGGUGGAGAGGACUUUUGGCAACUUGCCCCUGAAGGACAACAACCUGUACCAGGACCAUUACCUGCACCACCACCCGGCCUCGGCUCUGGGUAUGUCCGGCCCCCCGCCUAAUAGGCCGCGUAGCUUAGGCAGCACUAGCUCGUUGGAGGGGGGCAUGUUCGAUUGCGACAGUUUAGGGGGAGGGGUAGCGCCCAUCUUCACCACCCAGCCCCGCCCCUCCAUGACUCACAGGAAUACCAAUAAAUUUGACCUGAUUGCUGGCCACACCCCUGCGGAUUCCACCCAAGGUGGGUUCAAGGGAAACAAUGUGUACGGGAGGUUUUCUUUCAAAGGAGGCGCAUCCAGCACGGGGCUCAUCGGGGGUCAUGACAGGUACUGUGGUGGGGGCGGGGGAGGCUCAGGGGGGGAUGAUGGGAACAUUCGCUCGGAUGUUUCGGAUAUCUCUACGCACACUGUCACCUACGGCAACCUGGAGGGCAACAACAAGCGGCGUAAGCAGUACAGGGACAGCCUGAAAAAGAGGCCAGCUUCGGCCAAGUGCAGACGGGAGCAGGACGAGAUAGAGCUGAGCGGCCUCAGGAGGAGAGCCCACCACCACACCGUCCACCACCACUUCCCCCACGGGCCCCUGGCGCACCGCACGGUCUCACCUCCCCUGGAGCGGAAGAGGGGAGGAGGAGGGGGUAAUUCUUCACCUUACAUAUUCCGCAAAGACAAAGAGAACCUGAGGGAUUUCUAUGCGGACCAGUUCUGCUCCAAGGAGGGCAAGGCCAAGUGGGAGCAAGAGGGUGGAAAUGGAGGAAGUGGUGUGGGCGGUGGUAGUGGUGGUGGUAUCUGUAAAAGCUUAGUACCUGUGGAAGACUUCCUGAAAGGUAAAGGCAAGAAGCCAGAGUGUAAAGGUGGGCUUGGCACAGUGUUGACAGGGCAGCAGGCCCACACCUGCUGGGAUAAGGGGGUUUCUGGGCUAGGAGGGGGAGGCAUAGCAGGGGGUGACUGGGAUUGUCGUAACAGCCACAAUGCGUGUCACCACGGAGGAGGCGGCGCUUGCCCAGCUAGCGGCGUUGGGGGUAGCACCAGUCGCCCCAGCUCCGCUAGCUGCAAACGCUGUGACUCCUGUAAGAUCCCGCCAAGCAACCUUUACAACAUCAGCGAGGAUAUGGUGUUCGCUGGAGUGAAGAGUAGCGUAGGACCCAGCCAAAUGCAAACUCAGGCACAGCGCAGGAAGCUAGGGCCAGGUGGGAGGGUGUUACGGAGGCAACACUCGUAUGACACAUUUGUGGAUCUGCAGAGGGAGGGGGCAGGACGCAUGGGAGGGGCUGGCGGCGUUGGGGGGCAGUUUCCCCAGCCCCGAAGUGUGAGCUUGAAAGACAAAGACCGCUUCAUGGAGGGCCCCAGCCCUUACGCACACAUGUUUGAGAGGUAUGCAGGUGAAAGGGAGUCUUCCAUGUUUGGAGGAAUAGGUGGGGAUAGGGCGAAGGGCGGCUCCUCCUUCAGUGUGUUCCAUGGAGGCGAAGGUGGGUUACAUCAGCGGUCGGUGGGGGAGCGAGACCUGAGGGACAGAGAUAGAGCUAUGAUGGGAGGUGGGGGCGGUGGUGGUGGUGGUGGUGGUAGCAGCAGAGGGGCCGGGACUUACUCCUUGUCUAAAUCUCUCUACCCAGAUAAGGUGAACCAGAACCCCUUCAUCCCAACCUUCGGCGACGACCAGUGUCUAUUACACGGCGCCAAACCGUACUACAUCAAAAAGCCACAGACGCAGCAACAACAGCAGCAGCAGCAGCAACUUCUCAACAACAGCCGAGGAGGAGGGGACUUCCACAGCUCCAUGGGAGCAGCUUCCUAUUUGCCCGCGUCCGCCACUGCUGGGGUGAUGUCCAAUGUGGCCCCCAGGUUCCCCAAAGAGCUGUGUCUGGGCGGGGUGGGAGGGCCCAUGGGGAACCACCACGGGGCCAGCAAGCUACUGCCAGUGGGCAGGGACACGUUAGGUUUGGGGCAGGGACAGAGACCCUUCAACGGUGCCAGCAAUGGACACGUCUACGAAAAGCUCUCCAGCAUUGAGUCAGACGUCUGAGGGGGAAGACGGAGGAAGAAAGAGAGGGAGGAGAUGAAGUGGGUGAAGAAAAGAGGGAGCAAAACAUACAGAUGCUGAUGACCUCUCUGUGUGAAGAGAAUGCGGAGACACGAUACUGUGUGUGUUGUUCUCACUCCUCUGAAUGGAAAGAAUUUGGACGAUGCACAGAGGCCACUGCAGGCUAAGCUGUGAAGUCCGGCGGGAGACAAGUUUUUAAUGAGAAGAGAGGAUUCUGGUGCUGCUCCGACGCUCCGAAAGAUCGGGAGGAAGGGAGGGGGGAAAAAAGUGAAAUAAAAUCUCCAGUCUCUGCUCUCUUCACAUACUUAUUGUCUUUCCUGCCCUCCUGCAGUUCCUUAACACCAAAACAAACAUUUUGUUUAGCAAUGGAAAUACAAUCAUGAAUGAGAUAUCGACGCUUCUGUUGAAGUAACAGGGUAAACUAAUAAUAAUUGUAUUGAUAAUGUUAAUAAUAUUAUUGAAUAUUAUUCCAGUGUUUAUUGAUGAUCGGUUGGGAUUGUUUUUUCAAUUUUAUUGAUUUAAAUAGUUCAUGUUACAUAUUUGUAUGAUGUUAAUUCUUUCUUAGCCUACCAAUAUUACAGGAGACUGGUUGACCGGUCGUCAGAUCUUUUUUGGGUUCCUGUAAUAUGGACUCUUCUUUGCUAUUAAUUCUUUUUUUUUUUUUUACUUUUCUUACUCUUGAGUGCUGUGAAGUGUAUGUGAAAGGCAUGACUUGCUGAGUACAUUCUAUGUACUUUUUUUUUUUUUGCAAAGAAGGUUUCUUUUUUUUAGCUGCAGAAGCAACAUCAUCAUACUGAUUUGCCGUUUCCUCUCCUUUUUUUCUGCUCGGCAGUACCAAAUGGUGGCAGUCUCACAUUUUGAGCUGGAUGUGCCUUAAAGGAUUAAUACUGAUUUUCUACACACACAAUCACCUGCAAACAAUUAGUCUAAGUGGUUUGAGAUUAAGAAUACAAUACUGACAAAGUCUGAUACGAGGGUAGAGUUUCAUGAGCAUAACAGACUUUUAGGCAUUUAACAGAUAUUAUGUUACACAGCAAAAAUGUCUGCCAUAGAGGAAGCUUAAAUUCCUCCAUAGAUCCCCAAGAAAAAAAGGAACCAAUAGCAGGAUAACAAGGGUUAAAACCACAGUGCCAUGAUAAACAAACAUUCCUGUCGUCCCCCCCCAAAAAAAAGUCAGCUAUGACAGAGCCGUGCCCCUGUAUGUAAAGAAAUACCAUUUAGAACUAAACUAUAGAAGCAGCUUCUUGUGGUAUUAACUCCACAAUUAUUCUAACUACAAGUCCUUGAAAUCAUUUAUGAAGAAGUUGAACAAGCUUUAUACCUCCUCAGACCUCACUGUUCAUUACAGAUGACCCAGGAACCAACUAUCCAUUAAAUACAUGUAAAUCCCAUUUAAUGUCCGCUUGUUGCUCUCAUCGUGUUUCAUUGGGUCUGACUCAAUUGGCUGUGACAGUUAAUGCUGUUCAGGACAGGGACAUAAUGGACUCACAGAGUGAGGCCUCUGUUGCUGGGAUGAGCAGCAGUAAUGUUAAUUAUUUCAUGAUUACGGCGAUACGCCCUGCCUGCUGUAUUAGAUGGUCACAUUUGACUGAUGUGCAGUGAACAUUUUCACUCUGCUGAUUUAAAGGACCACAGCAAGCUCUAGUACAUAGUCUAGCCCAAAUAAUCUCUUUACUUAGUCUUGCAAUUAUUCAUAAAUUACAUCUUUAUAUAGCAUGUCAUUUAAUUUCAUUAUUUUUCUUAAAAAGACAAGUGUUUCUAGCUCACAAAUGGUACAAACUAACUUGUUUGUUUGUUUGUGCUAACUGUAUACUGAAGUGUUCCCCUGUGAUUUAAAGGAAUAGUUUGACAUUUUACAAUGUAAUACAAGAGAAUAUUUUUGGGCCAGGUUAUAGCAACAAUUGCUAAUUUCCACCUGUAGUCCCUGGGCAGGUUUGACAAUUAUAAAAAUAACAAUUUUAAAAGAAAUUGAACAGGACUAUAGAUGACGUGGUGAACAUAGUUAUUAAAAACAAGCAGUCUAAGCAAAAAAAAAAACGGAGCGCCAACAUCCCACUCACUCUCUCUCUCUCCCCUCUCCCCAGCACACACACUCAGACAGAAGCAGCAGCUUAGGCACAUUUGAGUACAAAAAGCUAAAGCUCACUAAUUAACAUGUAAUUAUUCUUUUGGUAAAUACAAAAACCGAAGUGUAAAAAAUGGACAUGUUGGAGAGUUACCCUACAGGACUUUUUUUGUUGUUACUGUAAUGUUGCUAUGCAACCAAUCGGCCAAGAAGUAGGCGGGGCACAUAACCUUCCACAAAACCACAAUUUACAAACAGAAUAAAACAAAUGAGAUAUAAGGUGUGUCUUUUUAUAAUUUCUGGAAGGUGGCUAUAGUUUCCUCUGGACAGGCUUGUUGUUUCCACCUGUUUCUGGUAUUUGUGCUAAGUUAAACUAACUGGCUCUUGCUUCAUAUUUAACAUACAGAUGUUAAAGUGGUUUCGAUCUUCUCAUCUAUUUCGCGUAAUUCCCAAAUGCCAAACUAUUCCUUUAAUCUAUUUUCUUAUACUCGGUACAAGAGAACCUGGAUAAUACAAUCCCAUUCAUCAUUACUCCCACCAUGUUGCCCAAGAUCAGUUUUUUUACCAAACAAAACAUAAAGAAUACUUUCUCUAUGUACUGUAACCCCCCCAUUGGAUUAUAAUCUGUUUUAUUAUUAUAUUUUAUUUAUAAAGGUAACAACUUUCCCUUAAAUCCUCAAGUAUAAUUUACAGCGACCUUAUUAAAUCUUAUUAUAAGACUUCUAUUUUCCAUUUCCAGUUAUUUAUUGUCACUUAAAUCUGACAUUUAGUAAUUUUGCCAAACCAAAUUUUGAUACCUAUAAGCACAAGCAGACUGAAUGGGUCGAAUAUAUUUAGUUUGUUGUACAUCCCAGUCAAAAAUUUGGAAGAGUUUUCUUCUCUUGGUUGACAAGUCAGUAUGUAUGAUAGGGGAUCUCUACUGUUUGUUUGUAAGGACUUGCAUGAAUACACUUUUAUUUAUUUCUGUUUUUAAUCUUAACUUUUUGCCCAGAAAAAAAUGGGUGUUUUUUAUCAAUAUUUGGAUUUUUUUCUUAAUUUCAUUGAUGAUCCAUGUAGUGCUGUAGGUGUGUGUGUGUGUGUGUGUGUUUAUUUUUGCAAGAGAAGACACCAAUCUUAACAGUCUAAAUUUCAGUUAUGCUUUAAUAAAUAUGGCUAAAUUGAUAAAAGAUUUUACUAGGAUAGAAAACAUCUUUUUAUUAAUCUUCUACAAAGAUCAAUUUUCUUUCUGUGUAAAUGCUUUUAAACAAGGUUGAGGUCUUGAUUAAUACAUCCAUCGUCACUGAAGAAGCCUUUUUUUUCCAAUUCAACUACUUUUCCUAUUAUUUUCCUUUUGAAUAUCUCGUUUCAUUAUUUCUGUUAUUGUAUGUGCCUGAAUCCAUACGCUUGAUUACCUCUGUGUGUGCUCAUAUGGGAGAGAGACAGUGUGUGUGUGAGAGAUAACUGUUUAUUGUACAUGUACUAUAAAACUGUAUGUAAAUACUUUACCUCAUGCUCAUGGACUUUUGAUAAAAAAAAAUAAAAUAAACUGUACAAAAACACCA